AUGGCUACAAACACAACGACGACCGACUAUGCCCACGAGAAGCAAGAGGUUCAAUAUGUCGAACAUGUGGACGAGUCACCUACCGAUUCGUCGCAUGAGCUACAGAAGGAGCGAACCUUGGAAGGCAUUGACAUGACCAAUUCAUAUGCUGUCAAAGGUGACGACUCAGAUGGCAAGGUUGAGUGGAGCAUACGAAGUAUCUUCGCCGCGAUCUUUCUCGCCGCCCUCUACACAGUAGGCUCUCAGGUUAUUCUUUACUUCACUGGAGGCUCACUCGGAUUCAUCGAAGAGGAUCUUGGUCUCUCUCGAGGAUCCGCAUGGCUUCCAACGGCCAACAUUCUCGCCAUCGCCGCGGCUUGUCCAUACGCUGGCUAUCUACAAGAUCUGUUCGGCAAACGCUACAUUGCCCUUUUCGGCUCGUUGUGCAUUUGCAUUGGAUGUGCCCUUGUUGGCUCUGGCCACAAUUUUGCUCAACUGAUUGUUGGCAUGGCCCUUUCUGGUGUGGGAGCUGCCAUUGGAGAGUUGACUGGACUCGCUGGGCUCGCCGAAGUCGUACCUGUGAAGUUUCGAGGCUAUUCGCUUGCCUUGGUGACCGCAUUUGUUCUUCCAUUUUGCCCGUACCUUCUUUACGUCGAACUGUGGUCUCAUCGUGACCUGACUGUUGGCUGGCGUUGGGGACCAUGGUGUGCGCUCAUCUUCAACGGCAUCGUAGGCUUGGGCUUGCUGUUCACAUAUUUCCCGCAUAAUCACACGCGCACUGAAGGUUUCUCUCGCAUCGCGAUUAUCAAACGCAUCGAUUUCAUCGGAGGUAUUCUGUCCAUCACUGGCUUGGACUCUAUUUCAGGUGGCUACACUCACCCAUGGGCAUCCGGCUACGUUCUUGGCACGAUGCUUUCAGGUCUCGCACUCAUCGUCGCCUGGGUCGUCUAUGAGUGGAAGUUCGCCCGCCAUCCCAUGGUGCCGGGAGAGCUCUUCAAAGGCCAGCGCAUCGUUGGUCUCGCAUACGUUGUUGCAUUCGCAGCAGGCAUGAACUUCUUCAGCAUCCUCAACUUCUUCCCGAUCACCUUCACUAGCGUCUACGAUCCCGAUCCAGUCAAAAUCGGUGUCCUCCUCCUCGCCGUACUGAUUAUGACUGGGUUCGCGGGAUCUCUCGCGGUCAUGAAUCCCGAUAAUGAAAAGCUUGUCGUCGCGCUAGGAUCUAUGGCCUCUUUUGGUGUCGGUGGUGUGCUCGUCCCUGCUGCUACGGUCGCUAUGCUGGUCUGCCCUGAUGCGCUCAUCACUACUGCCGCCGCCAUGUCGCUGUCCAUUCGUACAGUCGGUGGAUCGAUUGGAUACUCCAUCUAUUACAACAUUUUUGCCACCAAGCUCGAAAAGAAUCUACCUGCUUAUGUCGCUGAGUACGCAAUCAAGGCCGGCCUGCCAUUGACUUCGGUAACACAGUUUGUCACCACGUUCUUGACAGAUCCCGAGGCAUUGGCGACGAGUAACAUUCCUGGUGUUACACCAGCAGUCAUCGCGGGCGCGGCAAAGGGUACACAGUGGGCCUAUAGUCAGAGUUUGAAAUAUGUUUGGUUUACUUCUAUUGCAUUUGGUAGCAUCGCGAUCAUCUGCACGAUUCUGCUGCCCAGCACGAAGAAGUACCAGACUAAUCGUGUCGCUGUGCAGAUCAGCUAG